AUGAAAUUGUUUGCCCCCAUUCAGGUUGUGGAGAAGGAGUGCCCACCUAAUGAUCUACCACCAGAGGUUCCCAGCCAUCCUGCUGUCACCCGACGUGCCCAGUUCCGCAUCAAGAAGAAAAUCAAGGAUGAGAAAGCCGCCAAGAAAGGAAAAGGCAAGGGGGGGGCCGCAGGCAAUAGCAAGAAAAAAGGCAAAGGAAAGGGAACUGGUAGUGCCAAAGGAAAAGGCAAGGGAAAGAAGGGAAAGACGGCCAAGAAGAAAAGUCCUAGCAAGAACAAGCGCUACAACCGAAUGAAGAGAAUGAAUUCCAAGAUGCAGGCAACCACAGCCAAGAAAAAACAAAAGGUUGCCGUUCCUGAGACGGAAACCAAGAAAAGAAAGAAAGCAACUGAGGAAUCAGCAGCCAGCACGGAAAAGAAAUCUAGGAAACGCACCCGAACCCAGCAAGCCUCUGCAGCACCUGGGAAGGUUGAUCCCGACCUCAAGGAUCAACUGUCAUUGGUGCUGAAGGAUUGUGGGGGGGGUGUCAAUUGCACUGCCGAUUGCCAUGCCUUCACCAUGCCCAAGGUUGAAGGUGUGAUCUGGAGCGUUUAUUGGAAGGCAAAUGGUGUUGGGGUUGUCUUGGACCCUGCAUAUCUAGAGGGAUACCAGCCCCCUGAAAAAAAUUCUCGCAAACCCAAGUGGAAGCACAGUGCUCACUUUGGCAUUGGUACUUGCACGGAGUGCAACCUUCUGUGUGCCAACAAGUGGGUUGAAAAGCUUUGGGAGCUUGCCGAUGAGAAUUGGAUCGUGAGGCCCAAACAUGAGGCCAUGAUUGCAUACGAACGAGAUCUCAAAGCGACCUUGGCCAGCGCUUGGGCUGAAGCAGGGCAAGACUGA